AGUAGCUUGUGGCUCAGUCCGUCGAGGUUGACACGGAAAUAGUACAAGUGAUUUGCAUCAAUUGUACAGCAGAUUCGUAAAAGUAGUCAUCUUUCGACAUUCUGCUUACAAUGGCUCCUGUUGGAUCUGUGAUGCUGCUCGGAGCGCUUCUUUUUCCCACCUUUGAGGUGCAAGCAGUGGCAGCAGGCGUGCUUAGGUUUGAAUCCUUUGCAGACGCAGGCUGCUCGGAGUUGACGAAGACUGAGUACGUCAAAGCAGUAACUGGAUCUACCAAUUGCUACGUCUACUCGGAUGCCAACGGCGACGUGUCCACCGGUGCUUCGAGCUUCACUCUGACGUGCGAGGCUGGCAAUGCCGAUGCCACAGAGUACGACAGUGAGAGUUGCACGGGCUCUGCCGUGUCUUCUGGGACUCAACCUUGGUUCAUUGAAACUAUGUGCACUGGCACGGCUGAGCGUUUCCACAGGAUCGAUCAGGAGCUGACGGUCCACAGCAAUUACGGUUUGCCGGGUUCAACGUGUUCGAAGGCGUACUUCGCAUCGCGGUGAUCUCCCUCUGUCCUGGCGACAUCGGCACCCGAGAAAGCCGGCAAGGGGUCGGCUUCUGAAUUGGCCAGUUCUUUGCGUCUCUGCGAGGCUGAAGCGCAGCGAACCUAUGCAGAGCCAUCAAGCUGACGACAUACGGUCACGUCAAAUGCAGGCUGAUCAACCGGCCAAGGCGCCGGCAAAGUCACUCAGGGCCCCCGAGGACCAGGUUUCUGGAGCGUGUUUAUUUAUUCCCCACCCACCAAACCACCACAACCCAACCCGAAGGCUCAG